AUGGAUGCUAAAAUGGAAAUUGAGUUUUUCCGUGCCGUUAUGAAGAAUAGGCCAGUUGGCAUCCAUAGACAUUUUCGUAUGGUGAAUAUACAUCGUGACUUUAAUGAAAACAGUCCGGUAAAAUGUUCAAUACCGCAACUUUGGGAUCAGUUUAGUAAAUAUUUUAACGUAGAAAAACUUGAAGAAUUGGAACGAGAAUUCGAUGAUGAGGGUGAUGAGGAUAAACCACAUGCAGAAUUUAGUCUACCUAUGGAUGAAUAUUAUAAUCUCAUUGCUGAGCAUCGAAAGGCUGGUUCUUCACGUGGUGCUUCACCUUCACCAGCGCCUUCGAAGGCUCAAAAGGGAAAAAGAGAGCUUUCGUCCACUCCUUCGCAUACCGCUUCAAUCGAAACAUUAUCACCUGAACCUGAAGCAGAUGCAAAGAAAGGCGGCAGAAGAACUAGAAAUACAAGAAAAUCGGAUGCUUCAGAAUCUGUAAGAACUCCAGCACCACCAGCGAAGCGUGGUAGGUCUAGAAAAGUAUCAGAUGCUGUAUCAACAUCCGGACCUUCCAAACGCGGUGGCCGUAGAAAGCAAAAAUAA